ACACAACCAAUCACACCUCCAAAGAUGCGGUUCCACUUUCAACUUUUCGCUGCUCUGCUGUUGGCUUUUGCCGUGAUCGUUGCAGCAGAGCCAGAACCAGAACCUGAACCUGAACCAGAAAGGGAAUAUGAACUCAAGCCUGAUCCAAAGCAUGUCAUUGUCUUGAAAGACGAAACAGAACAUUUCCAUCACCAUCAUCACCACCACCAUCAUCAUCACAAACACGGACAUGAUCAUAAACACAAACACGGUCAUAAACACGAACACGGACACAAACAUGCACAUGGUCAUAAACAUGGACAUGUACACAAACACGCACAUGGACAUAAACAUGAUCAUGCUCACAAGCACGCACAUGGACACAAGCAUUUGCAUGGUCAUAAGCACGCACAUGGACACAAGCAUUUACAUGGACACAAACAUGCUCAUGCUCAUAAGCACGGUCAUGCACAUAAACACGGUCAUAUUCAUAAACAUGCACAUGGACAUAAGCAUGGACAUGCACAUAAACACGGACAUGAACACAAGCACGGACACCUUCAUAAGCAUGAACAUGGACACAAGCAUGGUCACGCCCACGUACAUGGACACAAACACGGUCAUGGACAUGCACAUAUCCAUGGACACAAGCAUGCUCAUGGUCACAAGCACGGUCACCUUCAUGCUCAUGGGCACGGACACAAACACGAACACGGACACAAGCAUGGUCAUCUCCACAAGCAUGCUCACGGACACAAACAUGGACAUGGUCACUUGCAUAAACAUGGACAUGAACACGGACACAAACAUGGUCAUGCACACAAGCAUGGGCACGAGCAUGGUCAUGCCCACGCACAUGGACACAAACAUGGACAUGGUCACAAGCAUGCUCAUGGACAUGCUCAUGCACAUAAGCAUGGACAUGGUCACGUUCAUGGUCAUGGUCAUAAACAUGGGCAUGCUCACGAACAUGGUCACGCACACAAACAUGGGCACGCACAUGGUCACAAACAUGGUCACCAUCAUGGACACAAAUGGAUUGGAUAUAUUACUGGCAUUAAAGCCCAUCCUCAUGCAUUGGAAGCCGAAGAACCUAAAGAACUUCUACAACACGAAUUAGCCGUUGAACCUGAAGCAGAAGCAGAAGUUUUGGAUGUAGAUUCUGAGCCCUUGAGAGAAGAAGUCGACCAUGAAGGAUACGAUGUCGAAGAUGAAGAAUUGGCUUUAGAUUCUCAAGUAAAAUUUCAGCCUGCCUUGCCAGCAGGAAAAGCUUCUACUUUCGAGUACAGGCAUUUUGGAAACUCGAGCCCUCUGAUUGCUGGCUUAGGAGAUCUUAAAGCACAAGCUUCCAAUGUGGAAAAGAAAGUGAUUCCAGCUGCUGCUGCUUGAAAGCAGGAAAGCGUUCGGAUUAUUGCCAAAAUCUGUUGAACGGGCUGAGCUGAUUAGAAGAAACAAAAUAAGAGUUAUCGAAAUUCUAAAUAAUUUGACUCAGCUCUGAUGUGCCUUUAGAAUCCCAACGAAUGUCCAUACUUCCUUCUACGGACUCUAUAUUUAUUCUUGAAGCUGUGUGAUAUUGUAAGAUUUAUAUUUCUGUGUGACCAUUAUAAUGGCUAUAAGUUUGUAAGUCAUAAAAUGUAAUACACUCAGUUAGGUUUG